CUCCUUCCUCCCCGCACCUCGAGGAAAAAGCACGACACGCUGGAAAAGUCAGGCCCGCGAUCUGUAUUGAUUGACAGCAAUCUGGGCGUCCGUCGCAGCUGUGAAACCGUGGUCAGCUUAGGCUACGGACGCGUUGCCCGUUCGCCACCGCUGCGCCGGGGUCGCCACCACCACGCCGAGGCGGUACAGGCCUUUGGUUCAGAUCGAGGCCACGUGCUGCUUGUGUCGACAGCGGUGCAGACGCCCACACACGCCGUGCGUACUGGUAGCAGCAACGCGCGAUGAAAACUGCAGGCCAGCACGGUCUCCAUGUGCCCUGCCCCACCCUGCUGAAGCGUCGGUUCCCCCGCUCCGUCUGGGAAGAGGAGGAGGAGGAGGAGGAGGAGGAGGAGGAGGAGGAGGAGGAGGAGGAGGAGGAAGGGACGCAGGAAGAGGAGGAGGAGGAGGAGGAAGACCACCACGCCAUGUCACAGGGUGACGAUGACGGUCGGCUUGAAGAUGUCGGUAAGCUCUGAGUUGUCACUGCAACCGCCGACGCCAGGGGCAUCCGGCAGAAGCAAGACCACCUGCUUGAUCGGCGACCUGGUGGAGUUCUGCUUGCCAUUCCGAGAGGUCUCCGAGCUCCGGAACAGGCAGCUGAAGAUGGAGAAGGCCUGCAUCCCUGGCAUCGCGCCUAGUAGGGCAAUCGGAGGAAUUACUGGCGCUCGCGAGGGGAACCUGUAGAGGGAGCGGCUUGAGCCAAAAUGGCUACGGAGGUUCGCGUUCCCCUUCUUGGGCCUCUCUUGGGGCCUCUCUCGGGGCCGUCUUGGGCCCCUUCGAGCCGUCUUGGGCGCCUCGGGCAACGUCUGGGGCCC